AUGACCGUCGGCAACGGUUCGACCUCGGAAAGCGCCACGGCUUUGAUGACCUCGCUCAAUCAGGACUCGGGUUAUGGAGGUAGCAUUUCCGAGAAUGCCAGUACGGAGGGUGAUGCAAGCGCGGCUUGGCGCGCAGGGUUGAUGGAGGAUAGACCGACUCCGGUGCAUACUCCCACGCGUCCAGGAGAGUGGAAUCCUGCGGCUGAGCAUGAAAAGCAAAUGGUUGCUAGUCAUGUCUCUCAACUCAUGUACAACUCGAACCGAACCCAGCUUGGUCGUGCGAUUUCCCGAACCAUCGAAACUUUGAAGGAUCUCCAGGAUAUGAACCGCCAAUGGCCUGCCCACUAUCCCUCCGUGCAGAACACGCCCUCCUCGCCAAUGGAUCGUCCAUCGCCGUACCAAACUCAUUCGGAGUCAGGAGGUAACGAGAGCAGACCCGGCACUCCGCCCCGGCCCGAUCUGAGACGCGCAGCCACUAUCGGAAAUGAAGACAGGGGAGAAUUCAGUGCCUCGCCGCCACGUCGCGUCAUGACAGAGCCAAGAUUGAUGACCCCACAGAUUGCGCAGGAGUUUUCUAUCUUGAAACUGGAUUUGAAACUCGGUGCUCUUUCGCAAACAGAGCUAGUGCAUUCGUUGGAAAAGGCAUCAAUUGCCGCCUUAUUGGAUGGAAAGAUCACUCAAAGCAUGAAGCAUCUUCUCUCGCUGCGAGACAGGAUUGAGGACACUUCGAGCAAGGUUCUGAUUACAGGAGACUUGAAUGCAGGAAAGUCGACAUUCUGUAAUGCUCUUCUGCGCCGAAAGGUGUUGCCAGAGGACCAGCAACCUUGCACCAGCAUCUUCUGCGAGGUUCUUGAUGCCCGUGAAAAUUGCGGCGUGGAAGAAGUCCACGCUGUCCACAAAAAUACGCCAUAUAACCGCAAUGACGAAAGUACCUUUGAUGUCUAUGCUCUCGCCGCACUCGAAGAUAUCGUCAUCGAAAACACGAGGUAUAUGCAGUGCAAAGUCUACGUCAAGGAUGUACGGUCCAUUGAUGAAUCACUCCUCAACAAUGGUGUGGUUGACAUUGCUUUAAUCGAUGCACCUGGCCUAAACUCGGACUCAUUGAAAACAACCGCUGUCUUUGCUCGCCAGGAGGAAAUUGACGUCGUUGUGUUUGUAGUCUCGGCCGCAAACCAUUUCACAUUGUCUGCAAAGGAGUUCAUUCUGAAUGCUGCACAUGAAAAGGCAUACAUAUUCAUGGUGGUCAACGGAUUUGAUCAAAUUCGCGACAAGCAACGUUGCGAACGCAUGAUUUUGGAUCAGAUCGGCAAGCUCAGUCCUCGUACAUACAAGGAGGCUGCUGAGCUGGUUCACUUCGUUUCUAGCAAUGCUGUUCCCGUUGCGCCCGCCAUCUCGCAAUCUGGCUCUGGUGGAGGUGAUGGUGGCUCUGACGAUGAGGAUGAUAAAAAAGAUUCCAAAGGCAAGGGCAAGGGCAAAGAACGAGAGAAACUCCAGGAUUUCGAGAAUCUCGAGGGCGCUCUGCGACGUUUCGUCCUUGAAAAGCGCUCUCGGUCCAAGCUUGCGCCUGCCAGAACUUAUCUUCUCAAUCUCCUGGCUGAUCUUACCUCCCUUGCCACAGUUAACCGUGAUGUCGCACAAGCUGAGCUUAAGCGGGUGACGGAUGAACUGGCUGAAAUUGAACCCGCAUUCGAGAAUGGCAAGAAAAAGAAAGGAGAGCUCGCAGAGGGUGUCAACAGGGCCAUCGAUGACUCAUGUGAUGAUGUCUAUGACUACACUCGUUCAACAUUGACCAACACAAUCGAGCGUGUCUCUGAAGCCGACCUUGGUGUCGAGUAUCCUGGUCUGUUUUCGGCAUUCCAAUACGCCGAGGACUUGAAGCUAGCAAUGUUAGAUCAGAUUGCUCUAGCCGUUAACAACUGUGAGGACUACGCCAGGGAGAAGACUGUUCAAGGAGUCGGAUUCAUUCAAAAUAUCGGGCUCCUGCACAUUGGUGAAGAUAAAUUCACCCCACUCAACUUCCGCGCAGAUGCGAUGUUCCGCCGCGGCCGUCGCCACACAUUUGGCCGUCAAGUUGAUACUGAAGUUGAGUUGUGGGAUUUCUUCGAUAUUGCUGGCCUCUGGGAGCGCCAAGAGAAGAUGGCAGGAACAGGUGUUGCCAUGACAGCGGUUACUGUGCUGGGUGGUAGAGCAUUGGGUGGAUUCAGUUGGGUGGAUAGUGCCUUCAGCGCUGUCAAGCUCAUUGGGCCGAACAACCUUCGUCGGUUGUUCUUCCCUGGUAUCGUUGCUGCUGCUGUUUUGACCACUGCUUAUGUGCUCAGCUCCAUCCCGACAACCCUUCCUCCACGUUUGUCGCGCAAGAUUGCCGCUACUCUUGAUGAUAUGGACUAUGUCCACACAAAUGCCAACCGACUCUCGACUGAAGUUCGCCGCAUGCUGCGCAUGCCUGCCGGCAAUCUCCAGACCUGUUUAUCUCAGGAUAUCGAGGAUCUCGGCCGACGAAAGCAAGAGGUCACCAAAAUUAAGCAGGAGAGCGAUGUUGCCACCAAGUAUUUCUCUAACCUCUUCCGGGAUAGCAGUGAGAAUCGUCGCUCUAUUGAGAGCUUGGAUUUAGAUGCUCAUCUCCCUGGCGCGAUGGGUGCGGCAAUGCAAGCAUAA